AUGAACCUCCCGCCGACACGGGAUUUUGGCGCAGCUUGCAAGCCAAGCAACGGGACCGUUAAGCUUAUCGCCGAAGUGAAGAAAAAAUCGCCCAGUAAAGGCAUUAUCCGCGAGGAUUUCGAGCCGGUGUCAAUUGCCGAAACCUACGUCGAAAAUGGUGCUGCUGCGAUCUCUGUGCUGACAGACAAACAUUUUUUCGCAGGCGAACUCGCCUACCUGCGCGCAAUCCGAGAAGUCGUUGAUGUACCGCUCCUCCGAAAAGAUUUCACAAUUGAUCCGUAUCAUAUCUACCAAGCUCGCGUCGCGGGGGGCAGAUGCUAUCUUACUGAUUGUGGCGGCAUUGACAGCGGCACAACUACGGACAUUCAUGGAUGUUGCAGAGUCGUUGUCACUGGCGUGUUUGGUGGAGGUACACACACAAGAAGAAUUAGCCAUCGCGUUAGAUAUUGA